AUGAAAGAAAAUCCGUAUGCAUUGUAUGUUCAUUGUUUUGCUCAUCAACUCCAGCUAGUGGUUGUAGCUGUUGCUCAAGCAAAUCAAUAUGUUUGUGAUUUCAUGUGGAUUGUUGGUUCGAUUGUAAACACAUCUGCAUCAUCUUGCAAAAGGGCCGACAAACUUCGACAACUUGAACAUGACAGAAAAGUUAAACUUCUUGAAAGAGGAGAGAUUAGUUCUGGUAGAGGACUAAACCAAGAAACUAGUCUAGCUAGACCUGGAGAUACACGAUGGGGGUCUCAUCAUUCAACUUUAUGUCGUAUUGAACAAAUGUGGCCAUCUGUUAUAGAGGUUCUUCAAAAUUUGAUUGAUGAUGGUGAUCGUUCUUCUAAGGGUUUAAGUAGAACUUUGGUUGAAAGAAUGGAGAGGUAUGAAUUUGUGUUUAUUCUACUAUUGAUGAAACGUAUAUUGGCAAUCACAAAUCAUUUGUCAACCGUUCUACAAGAGAAAGAUCAAAAUAUUGUGAAUGCGAUGCGUUUGAUCAAUAAUGUGAAAUCCAAAUUGCAAAAGUUGAGAGAUUCUGGAUGGGAUAUUUUACUUGAGGAUGUGAAGAAGUUUUGUAACACUCAUUCCAUUGAAAUAAUUAAUAUGACAGAUAACAUCAACAGCCGUAGUCGUUUGAAGAGAGAUGGAAAAAAUGUUAUCGAUAUUAUUCUACAGGAGAUGGAUAGUCGUUUCUCUGAAACAACUACAGAUUUGUUGAUUUAUAUGUCAUGCCUUGAUCCUAGGAACUCGUUCUCUAGAUUUGAUGUACAGAAGUUAGUGCGUCUAGCUCAUUUUUAUGAGGAUGAUUUUUCUUGGAAUGAGCGUAUGUUGGUUGAACAAGAGCUUGAAACAUAUAUUGAUGACGUCAUAUCAGAUGAACGAUUUGAAGGCAUUUCAGAUUUAGGAGCUCUUGCAAAGAAAAUGAUUGAAACAAUGAAGAACCGUGUAUUUCCUUUGGUUUAUCGGAUGAUUGAGCUAGCCUUACUUCUUCCAGUUGCUACUGCAACCGUGAAAGAGUGUUUUCGGCAAUGA